ACUGUACACAGAACGUUUAAUUAAAUAUAUAUGCGAUGUACCACUAAAUGUUGUGACGUGUUACAUAUAUAUGUAUAUAUUUUAGUUUUUUCCAACAAAUUACUCAGCAGGUUGCGUGUCGCGUGCAGCGAGAAAACGGCAGUAAGAAAAAAUGAUGCAAGAUGAGGAUUUAAACUCUCGAGGAAGACGGAAUGUUGUCUGGGAAGCAAUAGGGAAAAUAAAACAGAUAUACCAGAGAUAUCUAGAUUUAUGGACUCCUCAUGUAAUAUCAAGAUGGAUAUUUACUAUAUUUCUAGUAAUUCUUUUUAUUCUACGUAUAGUUAUCUCUCAAGGAUGGUAUAUUGUUACAUAUGCAUUAGGAAUUUAUCACCUCAAUUUAUUUAUAGCAUUUCUUACUCCUAAAAUUGAUCCUGCUAUGGAUUUCGAUGAUGGAGAAGGUCCCGAAUUACCAACAAGGUCGAAUGAAGAAUUCAGGCCAUUUAUUAGAAGAUUGCCUGAAUUUAAAUUUUGGUACUCAGUAACCAAAUCCACAAUUGUUGCCAUGAUAUGCACCCUAUUUGAUUGCUUUAAUAUACCAGUAUUCUGGCCGAUACUUGUUAUGUAUUUCAUAACACUGUUUCUUAUUACAAUGAAACGACAAUUAAAGCAUAUGAUUAAAUAUAAAUAUCUGCCAUUCACUUAUGGCAAACCAAAAUAUCAGAAUCAUGAGGACACCUCGCGGUUAACAUCGCCAAAAUGAAUAGAAACAAAGAACAUAUUGUGCCUGUGUAGGCGUGCAACUGUGUAGAUUUUAAUUUUUUUCAAUAGCGCGAGAAAUAUUUAGCAAAGAAAGAAACAAGCGAGAAAAUUCUUUAUAACAUUAACAGGAAGAAUACAGUAAUCGUGUAAGGAAAGGACAAAUUUCGCGCAAGGACAUACCAAGUAACUAUAAAUUAUAUAAGCUGAAAUAUAAAUUGAAUUAUCUCUUAAUAUAUUUGUAUCAUACAUCUUGUACAAAGUAUUGUUAGCCUUUAUCUCAUAAAAAAAAGAUAAAGAUAACGUGGUCACAA